UGGUCAUUCUGGUUCUACCUCCCUUUUUAUACUUCUAGCAAGGGAGGCAAAGGUUUGUUUUCCCUCCCUUGAAGGAAGAGGGGAAUUAUCCAGAUCAGGGGACGCUGCGGCAGCAGCCACAACCGCAGGGGCACAAUGGUUUGCGGCGGCUUCUCUUGUUCUAAGAAUUGCCUCUGCGCGCUCAACCUGCUUUACACGUUGGUCAGCCUGUUGCUGAUUGGAAUUGCAGCUUGGGGCAUUGGCUUUGGCCUCAUCUCCAGUUUCCGGGUCGUUGGAGUAGCAGUGGCAGUUGGAAUCUUUCUGUUCCUGAUUGCUCUGGUGGGACUGAUUGGGGCCAUCAAACACCAUCAGGUCUUGCUUUUCUUCUAUAUGAUUAUACUCUUGCUAGUGUUUGUUAUACAGUUCUCCGUCUCAUGUGCUUGUCUGACAUUGAAUAAAGAACAGCAGAGCAAACUUCUAGAGGUUGGGUGGAACAACACAAACAAUGCAAGGCAGGAUAUUCAGCGGAAUCUAAACUGUUGUGGCUUCCAUAAUGUCAGUGAUGAUACCUCUUGUUCUGCUGAAUGUUUUGAAACACAGACCUGUAAACCCUGUGCACCUAUAAUUAAGGAAUAUUCUGGAAUGGUCUUGAGAUUUGUAGGAGGCAUUGGUCUCUUCUUUAGUUUCACAGAGAUCUUAGGAGUGUGGCUGACUUACAGAUACCGGAAUCAGAAAGAUCCACGUGCAAAUCCUAGUGCAUUUCUUUGACCUGGAAAUGUUUUCAGGGACUUUUUUUUCUCUGUAGUUUUAAAAAGCUGAAUUCUCCACUGAUCUGUCUACUCUCCAUGUUAAUUGGGGGCGUGUGCCUUUGAGAUGAGAAAACAGAUCUAGAACUGCUUUUCAUCCUAUUUUCUAGUGUUCUUUGAAGGAACUAGUCUGAAGUGCUUGUUGUCAAUUGUAUAACUAAACAGAAUAUGAAUUCUGUAGGAAUGUAGUAAUCCAAUAGAAUUAGUCAUGUUAUUCUUCUCUCAAUGGGUUAGUGUUACUUUUAUUUAAGGAAGGAUUUAUUUGAACUUAUAAACAGAGUUGGGCCGGUUCACACCAGUUUGGGCAAACCGGUACUUAAGAUUAUGUGCAGUUCACCGAACCGGCAAAUGCCACCACAGCCUGGCCCCUCCCCUCCCCUCCCUUUCACUCCUUAUCACACCUCAUCUGCCUUGGGCGAUUACUAGAUUCACACCCCCAGCAGAGCUGCUGCUGCUCUCUGUUUCCCUCACUUGCCUCGACCAUGCAGCCUAGCUGAUCUCUGCCUUGUGAGUCUUCCUUCACUUCUCGCUUAACUACCUCCUACGUUGGCCCCGCCAUGCUUGCCUGCCUUCCCCUCUCUUCCAGCUUGCUGGUUUGGGCAUUGGGAGCUUGAGGGAUAGAUUGUGCAUCCUGAAGUCCAUCUGCUGCUGCUUCAAGGCCAGCUCUGGCUGCAGUUGACUAUCGGCCAAUUUUUUUCAGCACUUGUGCGGGGAACCCGGGAGUGGCAGCCUAUUGCAUGCUUUUCACUUCAAGCAGCCUGGGCUGGAAAAUGCAUGGCUGGGUACAGCAGCCCUCCUUAACAAGCUCCAAACCGUUGCUGCUGCUCCAAGCCUGGGUUCCCCCCACAAGUGCUGGAAGUCCAGUACUACUUCCCUACCCAGUCAGCCCAUGCUCUCCUCUUGCUCCAGGCACCCAUUCCUCUAGCACAACCCCCUCCCCCCAAAAUUUUUAAGCAUUAGAGCCACUGGGAAGAAAGGCGUACUGAUCUCUGUCUCUUUCUAGGACCGGCCUUGGAAAAGCCUGCCCUCACAAUCAGACUCCCUUUCUCCCAGCACUCGUGUGAGAACCCAAAAUUUUUAAGAAUUAGAGCCAUGGGGAGGAAAGGCACACUGAGGUUACCGGCAGGCUUGUUAAGAUGUGCAAUAUGCUGCCACUAAGCUCCAGAGUUCCUCGCAUGAGUGCUGGAAGAAAGGGAGUCCCAAUUGUGAGGGCUUUUCUAAGGCCAGUCCAGAAGGCAGCGGCAGCACACUGGCUGCCUUUUCUCUUGCCAGGCAAACUUUGAGGCAGUUCCCUAAAGGUAAUGAUGCUGUGGCAGCAAGGGGGGUGGUGAGGGUGGGUAGUGAUGCCGAAGCCUAAGUGUGCCGGAGCACACAAGGGGGCAGCAGUGGACACUACAUUGUCUGUGGAGCUAGCAGGAGCAGCAGCACACAAAAAUGCCGCCACCUUUUCCCUCUCCGCUGCUGGACGAUCCUGUGUGAAGAAGGGAAUGGCAGCUUUAGCAAAGGAAUAAAAACUGAUUUUGCUGCUUCCCCUUGGCUAACGCCCAGCGAGGGAGAAGUUGCUCUGCCAUAAAUGGGCAGAGACAGGCAGCGAGAGUUGUGCCCAAGUAAUGCUCCUGUGCCGAUAAAACCUUCCCUUCCCCUGCAGAAAGACUGUGUGUGUGUGUGCGCGCGCACACACACACACAAGUUGGAUCUUUCAUUCGUCCUGCCUCCCCCCACUUAAGAACCCUGGAUUCCCUCCCCAAACCUGCCAAUCCCAUACAGGCACCACUCACACAAGUGACCAAGUAGAGUUGGCCAUACCCACUCAGUCACAUGACAUCCAUCCAGCAAUGCCCACCCAGAACCUGUUGUUAAAUUAUUUGCAGCCCACCACUGCUUAUAAUGUAUUCCAUUUGUCAGAAUUUCUUUCCUUGAUCUAUUUCUUCCUCCUUUUUUGAAAGACUAAUUUAUUGGCUUCAGUGUGUUUCAUUUGAAAUAUGUUAAAGAAAUUAUGCUUUUGUUUCUGAUACUGGUAUUAGUUUGGAAGAAACCCCCUCAAAUAAACCCCCUCAAAAAACAAUUGAAAACUCAUCAUUUUUAAUGAUUGGAGGUUAUACUAUCAACUCCUCUCCAUUUUUUGUAUCCGUUUAAGAUAUAAAUGCAAAUCAGUUCAGUGUUGUCCAUUAAUUUCAGUAUUGGCUAUAUAAAUAGUGAUUCUGUUUCAGCCCAAGAACAGAUUAUGUCUAAAUCUCUUGAUUUACCUCAACUCUAAAAGAGAUAACCAGGGGUGGUUGGAUAUUAUCUAACAUAAUAAUUUUCAGAAGAUUAACUAUCAGGUUUUUUUGUGUCCAAUAUAUGAACACAGUAAGAAAGAGAGAUGCAUUUUCACAGUAUACUGAAUUUAUACAAAUGGUGUAACUUAAAAUGAUAAAUGGGGGAGCAUAGUGUGUAGUUGGCUAGUCAUGGUAAGACAUUUGAUGCUAGGUGGUUUUUGGGAAGGGGCAAUUCGUUUUUAUCAGUGUAAUACAUUAACCGUGGUACUGAUAUGGGUCUUACAUUUAAUUGUUUGUUCAUUGAUAUAUGAAAUGUCUGACCACAAAUGUGUACUAGACUAUUGUAAAUGAUAUCUUUGUAGUUCUUCUCUUUAUUUAAAAAUAAAAGUUUUAAAGAAUUACAUUUAAAA